AUGGCUCGGGUUGUGAAAGUGUUUGUAACUCUGCGGAAUCAUUGGAAGAAGUCCACAGUCGCUGCGUGUGCCCUAUCAUACGGUGGACACUGGCUGUAUGGUAAACACUGUGAUAAUCUGCUGCGAAGAGAUGCUUGUCUGGCGGCCAGGGAAUUUGGACAUCAGCAGAUAUCACCCCAGGAGCAGCUGAAGAAAGCCACAGUCAUCCUAAACCCAGCAGCUUGUAGUGGGAAAGCCAACAACUUAUUUGAGAAGAAUGCUGUGCCUAUAUUACACCUGGCUGGUAUGGAAGUAACACUAGUAAAGACAGACUAUGAGGGCCAAGCAAAGAAAUUGAUAGAGCUGAUGGAGCAAACAGACAUGCUGAUUGUGGCUGGAGGGGAUGGCACUCUGCAGGAGGUUAUCACUGGCUUGCUGCGGAGGGCUGAUCACGAGUCGUUCAGUAAAACCCCCAUAGGAUUUAUCCCACUGGGCUCCCACAAUUCCCUGAGUGAGAGGCUGCACAUCCUCAGUGACAAUCAGGUGAAACACAUCACAUCAGCGACAUUGUCUAUCCUGCAUGGAGAAACGGUACCUCUGGAUGUGCUGCAAAUCAAGGGAGAGAAAGAACAGCUAGUGUUUGCCCUGAUUGGUCUACGGUGGGGGUUCUUCAGAGAUGUGGCUUCCACCAUCAAAAAAUAUUGGUACCUUGGCCCGAUGAAGAUAAAAGCAGCUCAUUGGUUCAGUACAUUACGGGAAUGGCCCCAGGUUCACGAGGCCUCUGUGUCCUACAUAGCCCCGACCCUUCGCCCUCCUGACCUGCCGGAACAAAAGCCCCAGCGCCCCAACCGAAUGUACCGCAUUGCCCGCAGACUGAAAAAUGACUGGUACCCACCUAUUCCAGCGUCUCCCAAAGUGGAGGAGCCAGAGAGGUGGGAUGAGAGAACGCUGUCUACUUUGGAGCUGUCAAUACAAACUCAGAACAAAAACCCUGUCCAGACGCGUAUUGAUGACUCCCUGCUUGUGUGUGUGGAGCCGGACUCCUUCACUGUGGGAGAUUUUAUCACUGUUGGAGAGAAAAAAGUGGAGGACUCAACUGCAUUCACAAGACAAUCACUGAAGCUGGAGGCUAGUGCAUGUCGACUCAAUCUGCCCAAGGAAGGUGCUGGCUUCUACAACAUCGACAACGAGGAGUAUGAGGCUAUGUCGGUGGAGGUGAGGCUGUUGCGACGGAAACUGCGCUUCUUCUGCAGCGCUGAACGCAGAGCGCAGCUCCUGCUGCAGUGA